UCCAGUGCGAGUUUGGCCUCUUCUUGUUAACACUCCUCUGCCGCAUGCAGCCCACUGAACAGAGACAGCCUGCAAGCAAGCAGGUGGUAUGCUGGUAUAGGUUGUUCGAGCAAUAAGUGAAUCUGAAACUGGAGAGGCAGAGUGACGCAGAUAAAAUUGGUCGCAUUGGUAUUGCAAGACUGAUUAUCUACAGGAGCAAAGUUCAACUGACAGGGUGGUGGGAGGAAAUAAAGCAUUGAUUCUUCACCUCCAGGUAAAAGUAGAAGCAGGUUUAAUGGCUGAAAAGUUUGAGUGAAAGUGCUUCUCGUGGCUUGUUUAUUGCAGGAUGUCGGCAGCUGAAGGCAGGUUGAGUGCAAAAGCUCUAUAUGAGCAACGAAAGAAAUAUUCCAAUUCCAAUGUCAUCAUGCAAGAAACUUCACAAUACCAUGUGGAGCAUCUUGCCACAUUUGCCAUGGACAAGAGUGAGUCCAUUGUGACAGUAGAAGAUGGCAUCAAGAAACUUGUGCAACUGGACAUAAAGGGAAAGGUGUGGACUCAGGAAAUGCUGCUACAAGUGAAUAACAAUUCCAUUAGAUUGCUGGACUGUGACAGUCAGGAUGAAUUGGAGAACUUUCCACUAAACACCGUGCAUCACUGCCAAAAUAUACACAACCAGUCCAAGUACCAAUCUGUUUUACUGUUAAUUUGUCAAGACUCAGAUCAGCACAAACCUGACAUUCAUUUCUUCAACUGUGAUGAGGUUGGGGCUGAGAUGAUUCAUGCAGACAUAGAGAGUGCAAUUUCUGAUCGCAAAGGUGGACAGAAAAUCCGACCACAGACCCUGAAGGUGAACCAAGAGAAAAUGAAGAAACAGCGGGAGACAAUAAUCCCCUUGCCCCCUAAUACUGCUCCACCCGCCUAUCCCCCUGAUGUGAACAAAAGUCGUGCUGCUGCCCUGACAACACACAAUGACCAAGCAGUGGAUCACAACCGGAGAAAACUCAGUCAGCAGGAACAUGAGGAACCACCUGAAGUCACUGCUCAAAGGAUUGAAAAAGAUGUGCAAAUUCUAAACUACAUACUGGAUGACAUUGAGUUUUUUGUAGCCAAGCUUCAGAAGGCUGCUGAGGCCUUCACUCAACUGAACCAGAGGAAGAAAUCCAAAAAGAGCAAAAAAAAGGCACCAGCCGAGGGCAUGCUUACUCUAAGGGCAAAGCCACCACUACCAGCAGAGUUUACCGACUGUUUUCAAAAGAUCAAGCUAACAUUGAAUUUGCUGGCUAAACUGAAAAGGCAUAUCCAAAAUCCAAAUGCAGUGGAGUUGCUUCAUUUCCUGUUUGGGCCACUUGAAGUGGUAAUUAAUGGCACCGGAGGGCCAGAAGUUGCCAGAACUAUCAUAAGCCCUCUGCUUUCCAAGGAUGCUACUGAGUUUCUAAGGGGACACCUAACUCCGAAAGAAAUCUCCCUCUGGGAGGCACUGGGAGAGGCAUGGACCAGGUCCAGAGCUGAUUGGCCAAGGGACCACCAUGUUCCCCCAUAUGUGCCAAAGUUUAGAAAUGGCUGGGAGCCACCUCUAGAAAAUUUCCGUGGAGUACCUUGGGAACUAGAUGCACAUCAGGGAACAGAAGCUGCAACAGAUACGCCACGUAGACAGGAGGAAGUAAGGCGAGCUUCUAUGGAGCAAGCAGUGGCGCCCUGCUUCCCUCCACCGAAUGGGUACGAAUAUGGUAACACGUCCUUCAAAAGAGGCCCGAUUGGUGACCAGAAUAUCACAUUAGAAGCUUAUAAGCAGAGCGCUAGUCGGCCAGUAGAUAGAAAUUAUGAGGCACAAGGAGUUCCACAACCAAAGAAAUAUGUUCAGAUAAUGUAUGACUUUGUCGCAAGGAAUGCCAGUGAACUCUCUGUCCUAAAGGAUGAAAUAUUGGAGGUGGUCGAGGAAAACAAGCAAUGGUGGAAGCUGAAGAGCAAACUUGAUGAGGUUGGAUAUGUGCCCUUUAAUAUGCUCAAUCCUGUGAAUUUGGAAGAUAUUCCAAGCCAUUCUGAAAAUUCUUACAAUGCGGGAGGUCCUCGGUACAAAGGAGAGAUGAACGCCCGAGGAAUGGGGCCUGGUGCUUCAACUGGACAUUAUGUCACCCCUGGUCACAUGAGGCACGGAAGUCAUGAGCUACCAGGAAUGGCCAGCAGGCCUUUUGGAAGGGAUAAGGAACAAAUAAUGACUCAGAUGGAUGAAGUGAAUGAUGAACUCCGACAUCUAAUUACCGCACACAGCAAGACAAAGCCAGGCACACGGAAUUUCCAGGUCCCAAAGCAGUCGACGAUUCAGAUACCUCUCGGUUAUGAAUCCAGCAAUGAAGAUGUUAAAUCCUGGUUGGAAGUGAAAGGCUUCAGUAAACCGACAAUAACUAGUUUGGGUAUACUGACAGGAGCCCAAAUAUUUUCCCUUAAUAAAGAAGAACUGAAGUCGGUGUGUGGAGAGGAAGGUGCUCGUGUGUACAGUCUAAUCCAAGUACAAAAGGCUGAACUUGAUAAGCAUCGCGGUGAUACAGAGCUGGAAGAAAUUAUGAAACGAAGACAAGAACGGAUUGAUUCCAAUAGCUAGAAUUUUACAGCCAUUUGUUUAACAAUUGGACAGUAAAACAAUGUAUGACUAGAGAAGGGUUAGUCUCUUCUACAGAAUUAAUAAUAAGCACUAAUCAUUUUGUGUCUUACUCCUGUUAUUUCUAAAGUAAAUUAAUAUUCAGAAUUUGCAUGGCUUUCAGGCAGUUAUAUAGUUGGCAUAAAGUAUUAAUAUGCAUUCUAUAUGAAUAUCAAAAUUUCUUCCUCUCUCCCUAUGUAUGUGCAUAUGUAGCUAUUGUAAUAUUUGUGGACCAAUGUUGCCAAAACCUGAAGCCAAGAGAACACAGAAUAGAUGUAAUUUGCAGAGUAAAUGUGAAACAAUAAAAUGGUAACCCUACAGAUGGCUCCUGUACUUACAGAUACACCUGAGAUAUCUACUGGGCAGCAUUGAUGCUGACUGUGUCCUUGCUACAUUUAUCUUGUGAUAGGGUGACUGAAAGCAUUGCUGCCACACAGCUCCUGCAACCCUGGGUCAUUCCACUUCUUGGAUACUGCCUGUAUGUGAUUUCUCCCUGUGACUGCCUGAGAUCUCCCCCGACUACUCCAGCUUUCUCCUAUAUCCCAAACACAUGCUGGCUGGCAGAUUAAUCGUCUGUUGUAACUUACCCUAAAAUGGGUGCAGCAGGAGAAUCAGAAGGGAGUUGACGGGAAUGUUAAGGGGAAUAACUUACAUAGAAAUAAUAUGAGGGACUGGGAUUGAUGGAAAUCUUCUGAGGCCUACAUGGACUCAAGGAGCAAAAUGUCCUCUUCAAAAAAAAAAUGGUAUAGUUUUGGACAGAAUGAUUUAAUUGUGCAAACAACCCAGAUAACAUAGAGAUGGAAUAUCAUAUAAUGAUUACAAUUCUGUCUGUUAUAACACUAACAUUUAUUUCUAGUUAUUAUGUUAUUAAUGUGAUUUUCCUCAACUAAUGAACAAGAUUUUCUCCAUUUGAAGAUAACACUAAAAUGAAUAGGUUAAAGUAAGCUUUCUUUCAUUUAUGUAAACAACAAUAAGCAUAUUGUUUAGUUGUUUUUUUCAAGAUUUAAAAACUAUUGUUGAUAAUUGUAAGUCUUCUCAUAACCAUGAGACCUCUACACGUAACUUACUUGCAAGGCUGUCUAUGUGUCUAGAAACAACAGAUACCCAUGCAAUCAUAACACAAACUCAUUUGCUCAUAUACCCACAAAAUACGAAUUCAAGGCUGAUACUGAACAGGCAUUAUUUAUUGACAUUAGUCCAAAAUCCAGCCAAUAUCCUUCUGAUACUUGCUGAAGAUGUAAAGCCAACAUAUCCAAGAGGCAACAACAAAAGCAUUAAUAGUGGAUCCACAACCAACAGAUGCUAUUUACAAUUAUGCAGGACUGAUAAUGGAAAGAUACCCAAACUCGCAAUUCAAGAUCCAAAUUCAACCAUCAUGAAAUUGGCAUCACUCAUCCUUUCAGUUACAACUUUAAAAGCUUUGUGGUUUUCCUGUUUCCCAAUCUUAAAUGGAUUUUGAAAGUUCGGUGCUCAGUUUCAUGGUUUCCCGAAUAGCUUUGGUCUGGCUUCUGGAAGGCUCCUCUCAUUCUCUUUGAGUCCAGCCCCAUAACCUUGACACAUAACCAUCAGAAGCUCUUGCCCAAGUUCAGCCAGCUUCAGAGGCCUGCCCAGACCCAAAAGAAGGAAUGAUCUGGGAUGGCUGAUUGUGGAGAAUGGGGAAACAUGGUCUUAGAGAGGUCAUGCGAGGAUAUUAUUUGGUGGUCCUGUAAUGAGGCUCAUCAAUACACCGAAUGCACAUGACAGACAUCCUCUAUAAUAUGCAAGGAUCUGUUGGUGUUCAUUGUUUCAAUCUUCUGGAGCUGUGCUGGGAAAACUUGCUGAUGAUGGUAUGUAUUGAUACCUGCUUUGAUUUACUGCCAUGCUAACCCCUACUCACAUUGUUACACUUAUCAAAGUCACCUUGUCACUGCAACCGAGGGCUACUGUGGACUACAGACAUCAGUAGUGUAACAUCCUGUAACACUGUGUUAUCUACCACGACGUCCUUGAGACCAAGCUGGUUUCAUCUUAGGGCUUCUGCACUCAGUUGAUUUUUUUUUUGCCAGAGUGAGUCAUUGGUGAAAUUACAAAGGGAAUUUGGUCCUGAGCAAGAACUGCAGGUGGCUCACUGGCAAAGUCACAUCGGGAGUCAUCCAAGAUGAGGAUGUUAAAUAAUGGCUAAUUCUAGCUCUCUGCCUGUGGAACAAAGCACACCUGAUUUGUUCAUCAUGCCCUGGAAGAAAGCUUGGUUUCUAAUAUUGUCCUUGUUCAGUACUGAGUAAUCUACAGCCGUAGAUUUGUUGGAUAAACUGACAUUAAUGAAGUUUACCCUGCCAAAUAACAGAAAUUUGGACGUCUGCCCUAUUAUCAAAUGAUGUAUAUUCUAUCCAACCUCCUGCCCAGUGGCCCAUGUUGUUUAUUUUUAAUCUAAUCAGAGCCAGAUGUUAAGAAAUAUUCUCUGACCCGCAAUUCUAUGAAUGCAACUCCCCAAAGACUACCUUCCUAUUGUGUGCUUAUGUGGCUAAAUUUUCUACUUCCAAAUAUGAGAAAUGUAGUGAUGUCACAAUGAUCAGUAAUAGUCAAUAAUGAUCAAUAAUAUCAACAGAUUUUAAUGAGAACAUUAAUUUAUUGCAAGAGUGUGACAUCUCAUAAUUAAUCCUUUAAAUAUCCGCAUGUUGCAUGCAAUGAGCUUUGUCAGAAUCCUGCACAGAACGUUCCCUAAGGUAAUGACGUUUCAGUUUUUGAAUAAUGGAAAAUUAUCUCCUCUAAUUAUCACUGCAUACAAGAUCUCAGAUUCACGCAGAACUCUAAACAGAGGCUGCAUAUCAAAGAGAGAUUGUUAUGUUGCCAGAACAAUAUUUCUGCAUGAGCUGUCUGUCAGUCCCUGUAAAACAGACAACUUGCAGUAACCCCCAAGAGAAAUAGCUCAAGAAAUCUAUUUUAAACUGGGCUAUAAAUGUUUAUUUUUAUGCAAAAAUACAUUUCUAUGUGAUUUUCGAGUCUGUUGUGUGUAGGAUCCUUUAUGUAUUACAGUAUCAAGACUAGCUCAUAUCCAUGUCAAAAUUACAUUGCUUAAUUUUCUGGCAUUUUAUGUGUUGUAACAAAGUGCAUCACUUGACAUGCAAGCUCUAUGAAAAUGUAUUGUGCAUUGUAUAAAAACUCUGUGUCAGGGAAAGUUUAAAAAGUAAGCUUUGUAAAAGAUGAACUGUUGAAUUUUUUCUGAUAAAUAAUGGAAGUCAGAAGAAUUACAGCGUGGUUAGAGAAGCAUAUUUUUGAAUCUGGGUAUGUUUUUUAAGUAGUGCUGAUUUAUAGAACAUUCUAGUCAUUUUAUGAGAAUAUCUCUUUAUUGUAACAUGAAUAAAUGUGUAAAAAUUUUAAAAU